AGGCGAUUCGUCUUCCAUUUCACACCAGGGAAGAAACCUUUGAGGAGUUCUUGCUUCAACAGUGUUUGAACGGAACUUCUUGCUUCGUCCCAAUUUUUUUCACAACUGCUUUACAUUCCGGACUCGAAGAAAACCUCCUUUACUUGAACACUACCGAAAAAGUCGACGUAAAGCUCUAUUUUUGUACUGCUUUGUUAAGAAAAAGCACAAGAAACGCCAGCCAAAAUGGACUCCCAAGUGCGUCAGAACUACCACCGCGACUGCGAGGCCGCCGUCAACCGUAUGGUCAACAUGGAGAUGUUUGCCUCUUACACCUACACUUCUAUGGCCUUCUACUUCUCCCGUGAUGAUGUGGCCCUGCCAGGCUUCUCCCACUUCUUCAAGGAGAACAGCCAUGAGGAGAGGGAGCAUGCCGAGAAGCUGCUGUCCUUCCAGAACAAGAGGGGUGGACGCAUCUUCCUCCAGGACGUCAAGAAACCGGAGCGUGAUGAGUGGGGUAGUGGACUGGAGGCCAUGCAGUGCGCCCUGCAGCUGGAGAAGAACGUGAACCAGGCUCUGUUGGACCUGCACAAGCUGGCUUCUGAGCACGCAGACCCUCAUCUGUGUGACUUCCUGGAGACUCAUUACCUGGACGAGCAGGUGGAAGCCAUGAAGAAGCUGGGUGACUACAUCUCCAACCUCACCCGCAUGGAUGCCAAGAACAACAAGAUGGCAGAGUACCUGUUUGACAAGCACUCUGGGGGGCAAGAGCUAAACGCUAACAGCGAGGAGUGAACCUGCAGUGGAAAUCUUAACAAGCAGAGUUUAAAAUAAACGCCUUUCUGCUCUAGAUGUCUGUUCACUGAGCAUGAUUUCAUGUCUGAUUUGCUUUUUGGUGGUUUGUGUUCUUUCCUUAUGGAAAGAUGGGAUGUUAGAUUGUGGGGGUGACCAUCAGUCUGAUGUUGCAGUUUGAGUUUCUGAUCUGUUAAUCUGAAUAAACCUUUUGAGCUGGA